CUAGAGCUCCGCCCACUCCUGGCUGUUUUCAAACAGGUCCGCUCCCAGGAAAUAUAGGCUCUUGCUUGGCGGCGGGUUACCAUAAGUCUCUCUUGGUUUCCUCCAAGUUAUUGCUGUAGCGAUGUCGGGACGUGGAAAAGGCGGCAAAGGCCUGGGCAAAGGUGGCGCCAAGCGACACCGCAAGGUCCUCCGAGACAACAUCCAGGGCAUCACCAAGCCCGCCAUCCGGCGUUUGGCUCGGCGCGGCGGCGUGAAGCGCAUCUCGGGUCUCAUCUACGAGGAGACUCGCGGCGUCCUCAAGGUUUUCCUCGAGAACGUGAUCCGCGAUGCCGUCACCUACACGGAGCACGCCAAGCGCAAGACGGUCACGGCUAUGGACGUGGUGUACGCGCUCAAGCGCCAGGGCCGCACUCUUUACGGCUUCGGCGGCUGAGCGGGCUCCCUCCUGUGCCUAGGCCUCCUUGACGGUCGGCUCUCAUCCACAAAGGCCCUUUUCAGGGCCCCCAAAGCAUCAAAAAGGAGCGGUGGACACUUGCAACAGCGGUGCUUCGCAUGCUUUUUUUGCUGUAUGCAAAUUAGGCUGCCUGGGUACACUUUCCCAUUGGAGGGCUGAGCGUGGUGGCUCCGCCCACCAGCGCGGACGUGCUCAGUGUUUGCUCUGCGUUGCCAGUCUGAAUGAAUUUUCUUCUGUGUCAAGACAAGGAGUCUUGAAUCUGAGGAUCCCACUAGAUGUCGUAGGAAGAGUUAACGCUCUUCAAGGGGAAAAGGGGGAAACGGUCCUGUAGUGACAGUGGACCUGAAGGAGGACUGAAGUCGUUUGGAACCCCACACUAAAUUCAUCCUGUAGCUUAAACUUGGUUGUCUCAGCUGUAGCUGUUUCCCUGCCUCAAUGACAUGGAUUUGGGGAAAGGGGGAGCACUCUUGUACAUUUAGCUCUACAAAUUUUAUACAUUUGUAGAAGCCUC